AUGGUCAAAGGAUGGCUAAAAAGUGCCAUGGACAAGGAAGUUAGGAGCAGGGUCAAGUAUGCCACCACUGCUUGUGAAAUCUGGGAAGAACUUGAAGAAAGGUUCGCGAAAGGAAGUGCACCGAGGGUGUACGAGCUGAGACGGACCAUGACACUUCUUAGACAAGAGAAACUUUCAAAGAGGCUCAUGCAGAUGCGGGAGAGAGAUCAACUCUAUGACUUUCUCAUGGGGUUGGACGAUGUUUUUGGGACAGUUAAGACACAUAUUCUCAGUAUGACACCCGUCAUUAGCCUUGGUCAUGCGUAUCAUCUUGUAGGAGAGGUUGAACAACAAAGGUUGAUUUCAGUCAUGCACAAACCCACCACUGAACCAGUAGCAUUUCAAACGCAGAGUGUACGCUACAAUAAAGAAGGCACGAAAAGAAUAGAUUGGAGAAAAAAGAAGCUGAAGUGUGAACAUUGCCAAAAGAUGGGUCACACCGAAGAUAAAUGCUAUGAGAUAAUUGGCUAUCCACCAGAUUGGGGGAAGAAGAAUAAAGAAAGGAAAGACAAUAGAGGUGGACCCAAAGCAGCUCAAGUCGUCACCACGGAAAGACCAAUUCCAGGUCUGUCAAUGCAACAAUAUGAGCGACUCAUGCAACAACUCAAAGGGGAUGCUGAACUUGUAGUGACAAUUCUACAAUCAAAACCCAAUAUGAACAUGGCAAGUAAGAUCAUAUUCACAAAACCUUGGGUAAUAGACUCAGGCGCAACAGCACACAUCACCUGUGAUAGUGCCCUGUUAAUAGAAGAGCGUUUCACCAAUCAACAACCUGUUAAGAUUCCAAAUGGCCAAAAUAUCCUAGUCAAGAGCAUUGGGAUAACAGAGCUACCAAAUGGGGUGAAAGACUUAACUACGAGGACCCUGAUUGGAGUGGGUAGGCAUCGGGAUGGCUUGUACCUCCUUGAGCCAAUACAAGACGGAGUAAUGGAAAUAAAGGUGGAUAGGUCAAUAGAUGAAAGCAUUUGGCAUUGGAGGCUCGGACAUGCAUCAGAAACCAAGAUGAAACAAAUUGAACCACUUUCUGAUGUAGUUAUACAUAUCAUCAACAGAUUGCCAUCAAAAGUAAUAGGCAACAAGACUCCAUAUGAAAAACUAAUGGGGAAGAAGCCAAACUAUGAGCACUUGAGGGUGUUUGGAUGUUUGGUAUAUGUCUUGAAGAACAAGAAGGAAGGGAAGUUUGAUGAAAAAGGGAGAGCAUGCGUAUUCAUGGGAUACCCGAGUGGACAAAAGGGAUACAAAGUUUAUGAUACUGAAAAGAAAGAAAUACAAAUCUCAAGGGAUGUGAUAUUUUGUGAGGAUGAAUUUCCAUUCAAGGCCGAAAAGACAAUCAUGCUCAAACAAGUGACUCCACCUGUGUUCGAAGAAACUGAAGACAUAAUGACAAGAGAGGUGAAGUGCUUGGUAGAACAAGAUGUAGAAGAAACAAGGGGAGAAAGUGCCCAUGAGGAAAAUCAUGAUGUUGAAUUAUUGCAGGAAAGGAACACAGUAAGUGGGAGUGUUGAGAAUGAACACAAUAAAGAGAGUCGCAGUAGAAGAAUGAGACAUCCACCAAGACACUUAGAAGAGUAUGAAGUUGACCUACCACCCUCCAUUACACGGUUCCAGUCUGACCCUCCAUCAGGUAACUCAGUAGUGUAUCCUGUAUCAAGUUAUUUAUCCUAUGAUAAGUUUUCACAUUCACAUAAAGCUCUCUUGGCGGCCAUCUCCCUUCAUAGAGAACCAAAGAAUUUCUCUCAAGAAGUAAAGCAUGAAUGCUGGAGGGAGGCAAUGAAGAAAGAAAUAGAGGCGUUGGAGAAAAAUGAAACAUAG